UUCUGAGACUAAAGAUAAAUAUUAUCAGAUUCCUCAAGGCAAAUAAUUGAACAUAACUUGAUCUAAAAUUGUAUUUGUAUCAAAAUUUCUGAGUCGUUUAGCGAGGUUAUGUUUAGUAUUAUUUUUAAUUUUUGCUCCUCAAUAUUUUAUAUUCUAAUCUAAGGAUUAUUCUACUUUUUGGUUAAAUUUUAUGAAUUCGUUCAAUUUUCUCUCACCAAGUUCUCUCAAAUGUCUGAUCAGAUGAAUCUAUCAAUAGCACAAAUGGAAUUUGAAUGGGUACUCCAUGACGAGGUUCAUCCAUGUUUGCUCCAACUCCGAGCUAUUUUACUGGAAUGUGCACAAAGGUUCCCUAUGGCACUUUUUGGUAAUGAUCAGCAAUUUAAAGUUGAUAGAUUUGUGUUUGCAUCGCCACAUGAUCAAGUAAAAUCUGUUGUUGUUCUUACGGGGGAUAGCAUUACAAAUGCUGAAGUAACAUUUAAAGUUCAGCGCCAGCAAAAUGUUUUGAUAAAAACAAGCAUUCAAAAUGACCAUCCAUGGAAAUUACAACAAAUUCAAGAUGCCGCGAAUCAUCUUCAACAAGCUAUAGCUCACAUUGAUAAUGUUGAUCGUCAUUACUUAUUUAAAACUUCAGAUGAAGUAAUGCAUGUUCUUGGCAAUAUUCUCGGGUGCCUUCAGAGAAGUCGAACUAGUCUUAUUGUGCCUAAGAAAAAAACCAUAGAUGAUUUAAUUAAAAGUCGUAAUAUGAAAUCACUUAAUCCAAAUUUACCAGAAAAUUUAGUAAUUAGCUUUUAUAUUCAAAGCUAUAAACUCGUUUUGGCUGUAUAUCAAUUAGAAAGUACACAUGGAAGUGUUAAAUAUGAGUCUCAUCAAGCAGAAUGUAGUGUACCAUGGCUAAACGAUGCCCUCAUAUUUCUCACUAUCGCUUUACAACUAUGCCAAAGAUUAAAAGAUAAGAUUUGUGUGUUUUCCCAAUACAAGGAUUUUACGGUAGGAUCACGAGUGCCAUCAGCAAUGGGUUAAUAAAAAAAAUUCAAUUUUUAAUGAUAUUAAAGUUAAAUACACGUUAAGUCAAUUUUAUUAGACGUGUUCAUUUGAAAUCCACACCAAGUAAGCUAUUUAAUUAAAUAAUUAAUGAAUAUGUGAAUUUAUUUUAGUUUGUGAAUAAUGGAUUGAGAACAUAAUAUGAGAGUUUGUUCACACAAAUGGUGCAAUAUUAGAAGUAUUAUGUUAUUGAUCGUGUUCAUUAUAUUUUGAGUUUCAAAGUGAUAAUUCAAUCGUUUGAUGAAUUUUUCUUUGAACUUUUACCGUAUAUUUUAGCCAUAUAAAUAUAUUAUACUAUAUUUUACCAUAUUUAUGCUGUGUCUUUUGUCUGUGAAUUUAGAGAUUUACUUGACUUCAUAAUCAUUAUUCUAGUUAAUAUUAGAGCACAGCAUUUAUGACUUUUUUCAAAAAUUUAUUAAGGGACUUUGACUAAUAAUCAUCAAACAAUUGAUAUUACAAAAAAUGGUGUGGAUAUUAAUAAAUAAUUAAAAAAUGUCCCGACAAUAAAGACAACCGAGUGUGGUUAUUGUAUAUAGUGUUAUCUGUUAAUGUUGGAUCUAAACAUUAAAUACUAAGUUAAGAAUAUUGACAUGAAUGAAAAUAAUGAAAUAAAAACUAGCGAUAAAUAUACAAAUAGAACAGAAUUACUGGCAACUAUUAAACAAAAGAUGCAGAUGCAUAUAAUUAUUGUCAUUAUUAAUUUAUAAAUACGUGCAUAAACGUAUUCACAUUAUGUAAGAUAUUUUAAAAAUUUUUCUUUCUGAUAAUGAAAUUAUGAUUUAAAUGAUAUUAUUACUGAUCAAGUGAUAAACUUUUUUGUUAACUUUCUUAAGUUACUUUCUACUAAUAAAUUAUUGGUUGCUGUUUA